ACUGCACUUCCAAGUACUUGGUCCAAAGAUCCAAAGAACCCCAUAAGAAACUGCUCCUCUUGGAUGAAUACAAACACAUUUUUUAUAAACUGUUUUUGUGUGUGUUACGGAGUAACUGCAAGAUGGUAGCUUCAAAUAGCUGGCUGUUGGGGCUUAUCGUAGCUCUGCUUUCCACUGGAUCGUUCAGGGAUUCUGUGCAGGCUGAAGAAAGACCACAAAGUGAGGAUGCCGAGGUGCUGAGGGGUCUGAACCCUACUGGAGGUGAGAAAGAGGAGGUGGAUGAUGAGGAGGAGGGUGGAAAUAUAUCUGAAGAAGUUGAUGAAGGUGCAGGAAGAGAUGGGGAAACAGAGGAAGUUGAAGAUGAGGAAGAUGGAAUGGAAGCUCCUAAGGAAGAGGUGACACCAGAAGAGGAGAUAACUGAGGAGGAAGAAGCAGCUGAUCCUGAAGUGGAUGAUGCUGAGGAAGACGAGGAGGAGGCAGAAGAAGGAGUGGAUGAAGAGGAAGUAGCAGAGGAAGAUGAUGAGGCAGAAGGAGUAGAAGAUGAAGAGGAAGCAGCAGAGGAAGAGGUAGAAGAAGCAGAAGAGGAGGAUGAGCAGAUGGAGGUAGAUGUAGAAGAAGAAUUAUCAGGAGAAGUGGAAUCAGCACAACAGACAACAGAGGAAGAAGAAACCGCAGCAGAGGAUGAGGGAGCACCAGGUGAGGAAGAGGAAGAGGAAGAGGCAGAUGGGGAAAAGGUAGCUUCUACUGAAGAUAAUGAGGAGGCUGGAGAUGAAGAGACCAUAGUUGAAGAUAAUGUUGAAGAAACUGCCAAGGAAGAAAAUGUAGAUGCAGAGUUGGUCUCCAUACAGUAUAGCUCAGGCUCUUUCUGUGCCCUUUGCUCAGUCUGUGAGCACUGCGGUACCUGUGACAAAUGUCCCUGUGAUGAAGGAGACAUGUCAGCACACUGCAAUCACUGUGAUGAUUGUUCCUACUGUUUCAUUUGUCCUGUGAUCUGUGAAACAGUCUGCCAGCCAGGUGGAAUUCUUGAUGUACUGAGUGGUUCUCUCUACCACACAGUGAGCACGCUGCUCUGAAUACUUUCAGCAUUCUUCACAGCGCCAUCUUUUGGUGAACAGAGGAACUACAGUCUAGCAUGCAGAUCAUUCACUUGUAGGCCUGUCUAUUUGGCUGGCGAGAUCUGGGGAUUUUCACCCUGAGGCCAGGGAUGGGGGCAGAAACCUAUCUUAAAUAUAACUGAGGAACAGUCAGGACCUUCAUGUUUAUUAUUUAAUGACAUUGUAAAGGUGACUUUAAAAGCUGCAAUAAAUGAAUAAC